AUGAAUUCAUUCAUUCAUUCACGCAUACCAAUCCCACCUAUUCAAUUUAAACCUUGUUGUGAACAAAAUGGUGUCAAAGAACAAAUAAGAGAUCCUUAUGAUGGAAUUGAUUUAAUGGAUGAAACGAUUAUCAAGAGAGAGGAAACUAUCAACAAAACGAUUGGUAUUAUUGAAAGGAACAAAAUGACUCUUAUAUGGGCUCCUCCAAACACUGGUAAAUCGUCGUUGGGACAGCUCUUGCAGAGUCAACUAGAAACUAAAUACCCAAAUGCCUAUGUUAGACGAUUGCUUUGGACCUCCUCUCCAUGUGGUAACAGCAGCAGUUUAAGUUUAGAAGAGCUGUGGAAAGGUCAAACUGGUCAAUCUAUUGUAGACUGGAUCAUUGUAUCAUUCUACGCACCUGUCUAUUUAAUUAUGGAUGAGUGUCAAGCAAUUUAUCCAGAAUACAACAACAACCACGAGUGGGCAAACCGUGUGUGGCCAAUGAUCCAGGCUACCGAAGGCAGACAAAACAUUCGCUUUGUGGUUAUGUCUUCGACAGGUGAUAAAGUUACCUAUCUACAAACCCAAUAUAUUUCAGUCGGUCUGAUAUGUUCAUCUGAAUCAUCGGUUAACAUUUCAAUGCUAAACUUUAAAAAGGAAGAAUAUGACCAAUUGAUUAUCAACAAAUUCCGACACACUACACGGGUUGGACAUGAACAAACGUUUCCAGAGACAACCAAAGAAUGGAUAUUUGAAAACACCGAUGGACAUGUUGGAUUACUCUCAAGAACUAUUGAUCUCUUACGAGACAAGUUUAAAGAGAUGAUCAUGACGGUGGAUGCACUCGAGCCUACUCAUCAUCUCGACCAACUCAUGAUGGAGUAUCUUUUAUCGGAUGACUAUGCAAGAGAUAUUAGUCAAUCAAGAGCUGCAUCACCAAACCUACAGACCUUGUCAGAGUCACAUUUACAUGUACUAGACAGUGUUGCAUGUGGACACUAUCCAUACAAUCCACAAAACAGAGAUGACCCUAUAUCAUUUCUUUUGGAGAAAGGUUAUCUCAUCCGAGACAAUGAGGUAACGGUAUUUCCAUCACCUCUACAUCGCAAUCUCUACCUUUUACAAAGAUUCAAACCUCCUCCUCCUCCUACCACAACUGUCAUCAGCCAACCACAUCUAGAUGUGAAUAAAGAUGACGACGACAUGGAUACAUUCCUUGUAGACUGUAUUAGACAGUUCCGACCACACCAACUGACCAACAAAUCCAAUGUUCACCGAUCAAAUGUGGGAAGGGUAACCCAACCACUAGAGGUGAUCUGGCAAAUGGAGUUUUAUCAUGCUGCUGCUGCAACAUGCGCAACCAUGGUCCCAUCAACCUGUAUUGCACCUAGCUCGGUAGCAAGAGGAAAGGAACCAAAAAGAUUUACAGACUUUUAUAUCGGCAGUAAAUACAAAUGGGCAAUUGAUAUGGUCUGUGAAGGAAACAACAUCGAUCAACAUCUACAAAGAUUUGAAAAGGACACUGAUAAUACAGGUUAUUUGGAACAACAACAUAACAAUAGACAAUUAGAUAACAACCAAAUCGAACAACCAAAUAUUUAUAUUUAUCAACAACAACAACAUAUCUUUUCGGUAAUAACUAACAUUUAUAAUAAUUUAAUACUGGAUCCUCCACAAAUCCCAUCAUCCUUAACUAUCCCUCCUCCUCCUUCAUCAUCGUCACCCUACGUAAGAAGACAUCAUCAACGACAGCACUCCAGGUCUGGAUCCACUAGCGGACCAGCCUCUGCAUCCACAACAACCAAUACAGCAGGAGUAGCUGCAUCGUCAUCCACCACCACUACCACCACCUCGACAACUAAUAAUAAUAAUAAUAAUACCAAUACAUCAACUACAACCUCGCCCAUCUCUCCUCCACCACCUCCUUCACCACCACUACAUUCCUCUAAUCCUGCCAUCAACAAUAACAACAACAACAACUCGAUAACUUCAUCAUCGACAGGAAUCAGUGUGAGUGGAGGGGUCAACAACAACAUACAUUGUAGCAGUGGAAGUAAUACUGGAAGUACCAUUAACAUUAGUGUAGGAAGUAACAGCAGUGGCGUCAUUACAACUUCGGGCGGAGUCAUCAGUUCUAGUGGAGGCAGCACGCUUGUAAACAGCAACAGUUGCAACAACAUUAGCAUUAGUAGCCAGCUAUCUCCAACCAACUUUUUCAACGAUCAACAACAUCAACAACAACAACAACAACAACAACAACACUCGCCAUCAUCAGGGUCUAUGAAUAAUACGACGGGUGGUAGCAGCAGUAGUAGUAGUAGUGGACUCAAGUUUAAUAGUACCCGGAAAUAUAUUAAUGCACCACCACCAUCGCAAUCACACGACAAUAUAUUCAACGAAAUCCUAACACCCAUCCCGGUUGUGCGUCCUAUAAGCAACUCGAGCUCGUCUCUUUUCAGCAACAACGAGGUUGAUCCACUCGAUUUUCUCGAUAGUCAUAAUAACUUUGUAACACCUUCCUACAAUUAUAAUCAUCCUCAUCAUCAUCAUCGUACUAGUAACAGUAGUAGUAACAUUUCUAUUAUCCAACAACACCAACAACAGCAAUUACAACAACAAUUGCAUCAUCAACAACAACAACAACAAAAUACUUUAAAUCAAUCAACAGAUUCACUAACACCUCCAGUUACAAGUAAUAAUAAUAAUAAUAAUAGUAGUUUUAAUAGUCAUUAUCAACAACAACAGCCAUCACCAGCUCCAUCACCACCAUUGUUGGUAGUACCAAAAUCACCAUCAAAUUCAAGAUCACCAACUAGACCACAAUCGGCACCAUUUCCAACCGCACCCUACAUUGUAAAUCAAAACAACUUUAACUUUCUACCACCUCCACCAUCAUCAUCGUCAACAACCUCUUCUACUUUAAAGAGCAGUAGUAGCAGCGUCGGUAGCAACAAAUCCUAUUCAUCAUCACCACAGUCACAAUCACCACAAUCAUCAGUCACCAAAGACGAGGUCUCUUCUUCUGUAUCAUUUCCACCUCCACCACCACCACCUCCCCAACCACAACAUCCAAAUCAAUUCUUUAUUAGCAGACCUCAUUCCAACACACUUUCACAAUAUCCAUCGUAUCAAGGGACUAAUAACAGUAGUAACAACAAUAAUAUCAAUCUUUCAACCUCGCCAUCUAAAUCUAGAUCACCUGCCACUUCAUCACCUUCACCUUUAUCACCAACUGGUUCUCCUCCUUAUCAAGGAGUUGAUAGUAACAAUAGUAGCAGUAAUAACAACAACAACAACAACACAACUUCAACCUCAACAACUAGUAAACCACCAAACAAACCACCACCACCAAUUCCACAACCAAAAGAAAGAAAGAUAGAUACUAGUGAUAGUGGAUCUUCAUCAUCGGGAGGUCUUUUUGGAAUGGGUUUCAAAUUUAUUAAAAAGAAAUUGGGAGGUUCUCAUGAAAAGGAGCCUCACCAAUGGGAUUUGAGAAAAUCAAAUUCACAAGUUUUGAGAGUUGAUGAUAGACAAACAGUUUCAUAUUUAUUAAACCAAAGUGGUUCUAAAGGUAUUGCUAGAUCAAGUGUAGCAUUUUCAAGUUCAUUUAAUUAUUUUGAAUUAUCAGUAAAUGGUAAAGAAGGUAAAAUAUGUUUGGGUUUGACACCAGCCGAUUAUCCAACCGAUCAAUUCCCAGGAUAUUUACAAGGAUCCUAUGGGUACUAUGGAGACGGAAGGAGAGAGAUCUUCUUUACCCGAAACGGCGUCUUUUUGGGCGUCGCCUAUGGCAAUGUAUACGGCGAGUUUUACCCGUCCGUCGCCUUUACCGAGCCCGGUACGAUAGAAGCCACUUUUUCACCACCGUUUAAAUAUGCAAACAUUCAUACACUUGUAAAGGAAAUCAACUCACCGAUCGAACCUGCCAUCUCCUCGUCGUCUGGAUCCAUCUCUGAAAAGGACGAGAAAAAGGACAGCGGCAAUAAAAUAAUGUUACCUCCCCUCCCAUCGAUUAUAGACCAACAACAACAACAGCAACAGCAACAACAACUAUCACAGCAACCACCACUCAACCAAGAACAAGAACUUACCAAUCAGAUGAUUGUUUUCAAUGGAAAUAAUAGAGUGUCACCCACUCCAUCGUUUGUAUUGCCCGCGUCACAGGGAUCGACGAGUUCAAGCUCGUUGUCAUCGUCUUCGUCAUCGCUACCUCCUCCACCACCAAAUACUAUUGGAUCGCUCACCUCGAUCAAUACCAAGAGCAUCAGUUUGCCGGCUGGCGGCUCCAUCCCAACCGUCUCGUCGCUCGGAUUGUCUUUUUCCAACUCAUCCACGUCGCCACAAACGUCGCCACGUACCAGCAAGAACAACCUGGUGAUGGUGUCGGGCGCACUCAGCUCAUCGGACGAGUUUGGCUUUUAUAGCGGAUCAUACCAAGAUUCGGACGGUCAGCCACCAUCGGCAUGGCGUAGAUACGGCAAGUCGUUCAAGCCAAACAACGAUAUUACCGUCACGAUGAUCAAGAAAAAGACGUCGGUCGCACAGGCCAACCGUCCAUUCCCUAUGGGUGGCACGGUCCUUUGCUACUUUGAAGUGUAUCUCGAGGGAUACGACAAGAAGGGAACGUUUACCGUCGGUCUUACCCAUGCAGCUUGCACAAUCAACAAACAUAUCGGUCGCGAACCAAAGACAUACGGAUACGCGAGUGACGGAGAAAAGUUUAGUGGCACUGAAAUUGGCGAGCCAUACGGCCCAUCCUAUGCCAACAGUGGCGAGUAUACAGUCAUUGGAUGCGGUUACAACACCACCACCAAGGAGAUAUUCUUUACAAAGAAUGGACAGUAUUUGGGUGUUGCAUUUUGGCGCGUGCUCUCUGUUCCACUCUAUCCUUCGAUAUCGAUUCGUGGUGUGGGUAGUACUGCCGUGGCGACCUUUAGCGGACCGUUCAAGUUUAACCUCAACUCGCUACCAGGCGUGUCACCCUCAUUUUGGACCGAGUCAUUGGGACCAGACCGCGGAGCAGGAUUCCAGCGCUGGCCGCCCAACGACGUGGCCGUGUGGCUCGAAGCCAUCGGCUAUGGACAGUACCGAAAGAACUUUAGAGAGAACAAUAUUAGUGGACGUCAUUUGCUCCUCUUUGACCACGAGCUGCUCAAGUCUGACCUGGGAAUCGAGCCGCUCGGCCAUCGUGCCGAUAUAUUGAACCGCGUGCAGCGUAUGGUCAAGGUGUGGAGAGAUCGCGAGAAUGGAUUUAGAAUCGGGUUUGACGACGACACGAAUGACGGCACGUCGACCACCAGCACGACCGACCAAGACAGCGUGGGCAGCCACAAUGACGAUGCCGCGCGUUCGCAUAUCACUAGACCCGGUAGAAAAGGAUUUGCAAGUAAGAUCUUUGUUGAGGAGCGUAGCCGUCGUAGUACAAUUGGAGGUGGAGAAAAUACUAACCAAACCUCUAACCACUACUACCCUAAUAACAACCAACAACGAAUUAUAGAUGUAAGCAAGACAAUGACUGAAGAACAAAUCAGCAGGAUUCGAGAAAAGGAUGAACUCUUUGAACUGCGUGGCAAGCCAUUUGCCACACUUGGACAUGUAAAAUCACAACAACAACAACAACAAGAGGGUGCUGGCUAUCCACCAUUUUCACCACAAAUCGGCAACUCUUAUCCACCUGUCAAACCAACCACCAGCAACUCUUCACCAAGUGCCUUUAAACUACCACCCCUCGUAUCUAGCAUCAGCAGCAUGAGUGGCGGUAUGCAACCACCACCACAACAUAUCGGUCCACACCCAUCCUUUAUGAGCCCUCAAAACAUAGCACAAAUCAUCGAACAACAACAACAACCUCAUCAACAGAGUAAAGAUUUUGAAAUUGGUUAUGAUGAACUCGAAUUUGGAGAACUAUUAGGAAAGGGUUUCUUUGGUGAAGUUAAAAAAGGUGCUUGGAGAGAAACUGAUGUUGCCAUCAAGGUCAUUUAUCGUGAUCAAUUUAAAUCAAAAACUUCUUUUGAAAUGUUCCAAAAUGAAGUUUCAAUUUUUAAGAAAAGAAAAAAAGAAUCAAUCAAACCAAAUAUUUAUAUUUAUUUAUUUUUUAUUUAUAGUAAAUUGAGACAUCCAAAUGUUGUACAAUUUUUAGGAGCAUGUACAAGUGGUCAUGAAGAUCAACAUUGUAUUGUAAUUGAAUGGAUGGGAGGAGGCAGUCUUAGACAAUUUUUAUCAGACCAUUUCAAUAUUUUGGAAGAGAAUCCACAACUUCGUUUAAAGAUUGCAUUGGAUAUUGCCAAGGGAAUGAAUUGUCUGCAUGGCUGGACACCUCCAAUUCUCCAUCGUGAUCUUUCAUCGAGAAACAUCCUCAUUGACAAUAACAUCAACAACCUCAGAGGGCCAUACCAAGUCACUGACUUUAAGUGCAAGAUCUCUGAUUUUGGUCUCAGUAGACUCAAGAUGGAACAGGGUGACAAAAUGACUGGCAGUGUAGGCUGUAUCCCCUAUAUGGCACCAGAAGUAUUCAGAGGAGAACCAAAUAGCGAAAAGAGUGACGUAUACUCUUUCUCUAUGAUUCUCUGGGAACUAUUGACAUCGGAAGAACCACAACAAGACCUCAAGGUUCAGAGAAUGGCCCAUCUUGUCGCUCACGAGGGCUAUCGUCCACCCAUCCCUCUCACCACUUCACCCAAAUGGAAACAACUCAUUCAACUGUGCUGGGACGCUGACCCAGAAAAGAGACCCACUUUUUCACAAAUUAUUAAGCAUCUCAAAGAUAUGGAAAUUCAAGGUAUCUCCUCAUUUGCUCCUGUUCCUGUAUCUAUAGAUGCAGGUGUUUAUGCUUAA